GGUUCAGCAAAAGUAGGACGUUUCCUGCCCUGAUGCAUGGUGGUCGGACGAAGGAAUUGUUGGAAAAUUUCAGAGGGAAAUUAUGCUGUUGGCUCAGAUAAAUCGUGACUCGCAGGGAAUGGCGGAGUUCCAAGGCGGAGGGGGAGACGCUCAGCAUGUCACUCUCUGUCUGGCCGAGGCUGUCACCGUUGCAGAUGGUGAUCAGAUAGAGAACAUGGACACUGUAAGUUUGCAAGCUGUGACUCUUGUAGAUGGCUCUACAGCAUAUAUACAACACAACCCUAAAGUUUCCAUUUCAGAUGGCAAGUUAAUGGACGGGCAGGUUAUCCAGCUAGAAGAUGGCUCGGCUGCGUACGUGCAACAUGUAUCCAUGCCAAAAGCAGAGGAGGCCGACAGGUGGACGGGCUCACCUUUGUGUGAUGUUGUAGGAGGGGACAGUCUGAGACUCGAGGACGGUCAGGCUGUGCAGCUAGAAGAUGGAACGACGGCUUACAUUCACCACACUCCCAAAGAGACAUAUGACCAGAGCACACUGCAGGCUGUGCAGCUGGAGGACGGUACCACUGCGUAUAUCCAGCACACAGUGCAGAUGCCCCAGUCAAACACCAUCCUGGCCAUCCAGGCUGAUGGCACUGUGUCAGACCUGCAGGCCGAUGGCUCCAUCGAUCCUGAGACCAUCAGCGUGCUGGAGCAGUACACUGCCAAGGUGGAGAGCGCCGAGUGUGUUCCUGGCACAGGGUUGGUUGGCAGAAAUGAGUCGGAUGGUGGCGUGCAAAUGCAGAUCGUUCUGCAGGGCCAGGGUAGCAGUCGCAGUGUGGUCAAGGCCCAGCAGACAGGGGAGAAGACCUUCCGCUGUGACUACGAAGGCUGUGGGAAGCUCUACACCACAGCCCACCAUCUGAAGGUACAUGAGAGAUCGCACACAGGUGACAGGCCGUACCUGUGCGACCACAUGGGCUGCGGGAAGAAGUUUGCCACAGGUUACGGCUUGAAGAGUCACGUUCGGACGCAUACCGGUGAGAAGCCGUACCGCUGUCAGGAGCUGAACUGCCAUAAAUCAUUCAAGACAUCAGGGGACCUACAGAAGCAUAUUAGGACACACACAGGGGAAAGGCCAUUCAAGUGUCCGUUCGAGGGCUGUGGGCGGUCCUUCACCACCUCAAACAUCCGCAAGGUGCACAUCCGCACGCACACGGGCGAGCGGCCAUACUACUGCUCUGAGCCUGGCUGCGGACGGGCCUUCGCCAGCGCCACCAACUACAAGAACCACAUGAGGAUCCACACAGGAGAAAAGCCCUAUGUGUGCACAGUCCCGGGCUGCGACAAGCGCUUCACCGAGUACUCCAGCCUGUACAAGCACCACGUUGUCCACACGCCCUGCAAGCCCUACAACUGCAACCACUGUGGGAAGACCUACAAGCAGAUCUCCACUCUGGCCAUGCAUAAGCGCACUGCCCACAAUGACACCGAGCCCAUCGAGGAGGAGCAGGAGGCCUACUUCGAACCCCCCACAGAUGCCAUUGAUGACCCUGGGGUUACCUAUGUCCCGGGGGUGGAGGAGGAGGAUUCGGGGUCAGAGCAGGUGUCCGCCGGCACCCCUGAGGUCAUCGGGCAGCAGCAUGUAUCCCUCAUCACGCAGGAUGGAGCCCAGCAGGUCAGUAUCUCCCAGGCUGAUAUGCAGGCUAUGGGAAACACAAUCACCAUGGUGACGCAAGAUGGCACCACCAUUACUGUUCCAGCCCACGAGGCAGUGCUGUCUUCGGGCGGGACACACUCUGUUACUAUGGUGACAGCAGAUGGCACAGAAGGACAGGUGGCCAUCGUGACUCCAGAUUUAGCCACAUUCCAGAGCACACACGCGGAGCUGGCCCAGGACCGGGAACACCACCUGGUAACGGCCAACUCUCACCCUGUCACCCUCCUGGCCACCUCCAACGGCACCCAGAUCGCAGUUCAGCUCAGCGAGCAGCCAUCUUUGGAAGAAGCCAUUAGAAUAGCCUCAAGAAUACAACAGGGGGAUACUCCAGGACUGGAUGAUUAACAAUAAAUGUUGAAUCUUGCCAGCUGUUCAGGGCAAAAGAGUUUAGAAAAUAAACAUGCAAAAAAAACACAAGGAAAAUCAACAGGGUUCCUGCAACUUGCUUGCUCGUAAGUGUUGUUGAAUCAAGAGCUAAACUGAAAUGAAUUGUUCUUGUAGAUUUUGUGUACAUAUGGUUUAAACGUGGGCUUAGGGGAUCUUGUCAUAAAGACACUUCGGUCCCUCAGUGUCUCAAAAGUGUUAAAGAAACUGAGUGCUGAUGAGUGGUGUGAUUUCUGUGGGUUUCAAACACAGGCCUGUAAUGCCACUGGAGGAACAACACACUGUCUUCACCAGUCAGGGACAUCACGGCGUAUGGCUGAAAUAUUGGAAGGAUUUCCUUCUCGGCAAAAUCUUUUUUGGCCUGUAAGAGAGUCGGUUAUUUCAAGGACGUAAAACACCAUUUGCAGUUAUUUUCACACCACAGCAGCACAGCAUCAUUUCCAAUAAAAUACACAUACACGCUCAAGGAAGUUGUAGAAACAAAAGAAUAAACUAUGAAGUGGUCAUUUUGGGAAAGUUGUUUUUCUCUUCACGUAGAACAAUCAGUCGGUUUUGAUUGGCUUGGAGUCCAAUGUUGACAAGUUUGUUGAUAUAGUAAAACCAGAUUUCAGCUGUUUAAGUACAGAGUGCUGUAGACCUAUAGGUCUAUAAAGUUGCUUUCUAAAGUGAAACUGUGAGUCAGGAGCAAUGCAUAAACUAUUAGAUGCUGCUUGGUUCCUUUUUCUUUAAAGUACAUUUUGGCAACGAAAGAUAAUGUUAUAUUUUUGGUGGUUGCUUCAUUUACUACUGGAAAUUUAUAAAGAUAC